AUGCCGGGCUUAGAGCUUCAUCUGCAUAUAAACUACGUCACAAGAGGGGACGCAUACCUGGUUGCUGUUGGAUCGCACCCUCUACUCGGUGGAGGCGAUGUGUCGCGAGCUCUGCCACUGCAUCCGAUCGGUGAGGGAAACUGGCACGCUUCCGUGUGCUUCGACCGAGAUCGUGACCUGGUGCUUGAGGAUGCUUCUACGCCCGUGAGCAUCGACUAUAAGUACGUUGUCGUAUCUGGAAGUGGAGCGGCGGACUCGCAACGCAUGGAGGCGACGCAGGCGAUUCGCUCUGUGCUCGUUGACGAGACGCUGUUCCAGCAGGCCGGCACCGGCGUCGUACACCUCUACUGUUACGACUCUUGGCGUGUCGCACAAAGCUCCGUAUUUGCAACUUCUGCUUUUGUGGAUGUGAUUUUUCGAAAGUUGAACGUGCCCAAAACGACUUCCUGGUUGCAACUGGAUACUGCAGCGGCGGCACGCAUGCGCUGGGCACACCAGGAACCGACGUCUACGCAAGCGGUCAUUCGAGUUCGCUUCGUGUCCUAUGUACCUCGUUUGGAAGCUGGUCAUCAGGUGUUUGUGACGGGAUCUCCCGAAGCGCUCGGCGCCUGGAAUCCCAUGAAACAGAUUCCCAUGUUCCCGAUCGGCUCGUGUCUCUACGCAAGCAUGGUCUCGAUUCCGGUUGCAGCGAUUCCCUUUGAAUACCGUUACGUGAUCGCGAAAGAUCAGGAGCCACCGAACUUGAUCUGCGCUGAGCAGGGCUCGAAUCGCACGCUUCGAAUACCGCAGCGUUGUCCGGAAACGCGCUUCAUUCAUGUCGAUGACGUUUUCCGGUACGCGACCGUGUGGAAGGGCGCGGGUGUCGCGAUCCCGCUGAUCUCGUUGCGCUCGCGUCAUUCCGCAGGCGCAGGUGAUUUCGGCGACCUGAAGCUCUUCAUCGACUGGGUUGCUGCUGCGUCCCUGAAACUUGUACAGCUUCUGCCAAUUCAUGAUACCGGCGAGGAGCCUUCGCCUUACUCGGCACUUUCUGUCCACGCGAUACAUCCGAUUUAUAUGAACCUGAAGUGGCUUCUGGAUGCGAUGACGACGAUCAGCCCUGCGAAUAGGGCAAAGCUACAGCAAGAGCUGGUGAAAGAUGGAGAACGCCUGAACGCGAAUUAUGAGGUGGCGUAUCCGGAGGUAUUGGAAAUGAAGUUACGUUUUCUCGAGAUGGUUUAUGAAUCCAGCGGUGGUAGCGCCUGUUUACAGAACCCAGACUUUGACGUAUGGUUCAAAGAAAACACUAGCUGGUUGACCUCGUAUGCGCUCUACAAGGUUCUUCGGGAGAAGCACGCACCCGCUGGAGGCAUGAAGCGGCUCCCGUCCGAUAAGUGGCCCGAGCGCGGCAACGACCAGUCCCUCGUGGCUGCGCUGACCAGUCCGUCUUCGCCUGCAUAUGAUCGCGUCCAGCUGAUUUAUUUCAUUCAGUAUCACCUGCAUCUUCAACUCAAAAGUGUCUCGGACUACGCCAAGAUGCGUGGAGUUAUCCUUAAGGGCGAUCUUCCGAUCGGUGUAACUCGGGACUCGGCGGACACCUGGCAACAUCCGGAGUAUUUCCGUAUGGAUCGCUCGAUCGGAGCUCCAGCGCUCGAUAUGUCAUCCGCGCAGAACUGGGACUUUCCAGUGUAUCGUUGGGAUGAGAUGGAGCGUGAUGGUUACCGAUGGUGGCGCCAGCGCCUGCAACACAUGUCACAGUAUUUUCAGGCUUUCCGUAUCGACCACGUGCUCGGUCUGUUUCGAGCCUGGUCCAUUCCGUGUCACAAUUAUUCGGGGCUCUUGGGGCGUUUUGAACCAUCCAGUCCCAUACACCGGCACGAGAUCAGGUCGAUCCUCUCGGAAUAUUACCGCUUGUGCACACCGCAUCUGCGUCGCUGGUUGAUCGAUGAGCGUUUCGGCGCCGAAUCGCAGCGGAUCGUGGACACGUUCUUCGAUGUACACGAAGGCGGCCAUGUGUUGACCUUCAAAAAGCACCUCGCUACGGACGAUGCCAUCGCGCGCUAUCUGCUCAUCGCGGGCGAGGAUCGCACCGCUUGGCACGCGCUACCGGCUGCGGAGCAGCAGGCACGUUUGCGCACCUUUCGAGUUCUUCAGUCGCUGAUAGCGAACCAGUGUCUCAUUCACGACGAUGGUGCCGGUCCCGAUGCCUUCUUUCCGACCUGCCAUAUGAAAUCGACGCCGUCGUAUCAGCGCUUUGCGAACAAGGAACUCCUAGAUCAAGUCUGGGAGCAGUACUUCUUUCGCCGGCAGAACUGGCGUGCGUGUGGGCUGCGAAACCUGCGCGCGCUCCAGUCCUCGGCGAAUAUGAUGAUUUGCGCCGAGGACCUCGGCAUGGUGCCACCCGAGGUCUAUGCGGUUCUCGAAGAGCUCGGGAUAUUGGGCCUGCGUAUCCAACGCUGGCCUGGUAUCGGCAAGUUUGGCGCCCCAGCUGCCUACACGUACCUUACCGUAGCUUCGACAAGCUGCCACGAUUGCAGUACGGUGCGCGCGUGGUGGCAAGAGGAUCGGGGUCGAGCGCACGAAAUGUUUUGGUCAUUCUUUGGUGAACAGGGCGGUUCCCCGCCCUGGGACUGCACCGAAUGGAUGAGUCAGAAGAUUGUGGAGCAGCAUCUCGGCGCGGGAUCGAUGUGGACUAUUCUCCCGCUGCAGGACUACACGGAUUGUUGGCGUUCUCUCCGAAGCGCUGAUCCCCGGAAGGAUCAAAUCAAUUAUCCAGGUCGCAGUUAUGAAGAGGGCAGCUGGCGAUGGCGCAUGCCAUAUUUCAUUGAAACCUUACUGGAAGCUCGCGACUUUACCCAAUGGAUCGCGGAUUGUGUGCAUCGUUGCAGACGCAAUUGCACGUAUUGA